UGCCCUGGAACAGCUUGGAGCACCCCUGUGCAGCCUGAUCACUGUCACCUGUGUUCAUCAAGGAGCUGCAGGCAAAACAAGCACCAGCAUCAAACCAGCAUUAACUUCAUGUUUCCACUUUGAUGGAAGUCCAGCUGUCUUCAGAACCAUGUUGUCCAACACGGGCCCGGUGGCCAAACUCUACUUGUCCAUAAUUGAUGAUGUGAUCGAGAGUAUGAGGGAGCUCUUCUUGGAUGAAGGGCUGGAAGACCGCGUCCUGGAUGAUCUAAGACAUCUCUGGGAGUCAAAGAUGAUGCAGUCUAAGGCUAUGGAAGACUUCAGGAAGAAUAACAUCAACUCAUCCAACUUUGUGCUCCAGCUCCCAGACAGCUAUGGCCAGAUGGACCAAGAGCUCGCAGCCUCAGUCGUGAUCCCUGCGAGUCAGAGUAUCCACAGCUUCCCGAUUAAGAACAACUCAGAGACACUUGCUACUUUUUCUCUCCCUGCUGGGUUAGCUUACCCUGUGCAGAUACCAGCAGGAGUCACUCUACAAACAGCCUCUGGUCAACUUUACAAGGUCAAUGUUCCUGUCGUGGUUACUCAGGCCCCGGUGGGUCAGAAGCCUGUAUCCAUCCACACACAGAAAGCUCCUACCCCUCAGUCAACUGCAGCCCCUCCAAGUACCAAACAUCCUCAGCAGGUGGAGCCACCCCCUGCUCCAGCACCUUCUGUCUCCCAGUCGCCGCAGCCUGAUUUACCCCCCAGUCCAGAGAGCAGCCCCGUCCAGCAGCCACAAGUUCCCGCUGCUGACGCCACGCAGCUUCCAGUUGUCCGCUCUCCACUGGCAGAAGAAAAUGAGCCGAGUGACCAACUUGAACCUGUGAACUACAGUAUGACCUCCUCGCCCUGCAGUCAGUUAUUAGAGGAGGCGUUGGCUCAGACGACACAGUUAAAGAGCAGAGACAUAGAUGACAUCCUGAAAGAAGUGAUUGAGGAGGAGAGAGAGAAAGCAGAGCGGAGGAGGAAUCUGGCACCUGCCAGGACUCAAGAUCAGACCGAGGCUGUUCUCGCUGGGCUGGACCUUGACUACAGCUACAGUGAACUCUCGGACAUCGUUCAGCUGGACGGUCCUGCAGACAACUCUGAUGUCGAGGAGGAGGGUGGAGGUCCGUUGGAGGAGAAUGACUUUCUUGGUAUAAUCAAUGCAGAGGCCAUAAAGGCCCUGCAGGAGGGAGGUGGAAGCAGCGACGGCAACAGCAUCUCCUCCAGCAGUGACAGUGAGGGAGCAGAUAAACUCUCUGCAGAAGACGAGGAUCCCUUAAACUCAGGCGAUGACGUGAUUGAGCAGGACAUCCCGGAUCUCUUUGACACCGACAACGUAAUCGUUUGCCAGUACGACAAAAUUCACCGCAGCAAGAACCGCUGGAAGUUUCAUUUGAAAGAUGGUGUGAUGUGCUACGCGGGCAGGGACUACGUGUUCUCUAAAGCUGUUGGGGAAGCUGAGUGGGGGGUAAGGUAAUUACCAGAGCAAUCCUGUGUCAUUUACGAUGCUACAAACGAUAACUUACAGUGUGCCUGUGAAUCCAAUUUACGGAGAAAACCAGCAUGAAUUUGUGUUGUAUAAUAUUCUGUUAAAUAGUUUUCUUUUGAACAAAACAUUAUCUGACUCAGAGUUUGUUUUUCUUUGUCAUGAAUAUGUUGCUCUGAAGGUACCAACAUGCCGUUUGAUUUUCUGGCAUUGUACUGUUUUGCCUUUUGAUCAUGAAUCAAAUACACUUGACUGUACUGUG